CGGCCAGAUGCCCGUGGCGCACGUAGAGCUCGCCGUAGCUUCCUCGAUUGUUAUUGCCAUCGCGGGUCCACCAUGAACGCAAACCUGAAUGGACUGCUGGAGGGGAAGAUCGAUUUCGAAGGCCAAAAGCUCGUCGAAACCAUCACGCGAGUGGCUCUUGUCGUGCUAUCCGUGAUCUCAUUUAUUGUUGGAUUCGCGCUGCAGUCGCUUCAGGUGACAUUCGGGAUUUUCUCUGCUGGAUCUAUAGCACUGGUUCUGUUAAUCGUGCCACCAUGGCCAAUAUAUAACUCCCACCCCGUGCAAUGGUUGCCUUCCCUCCCCCCGACUUCGUCGAGUAUCAAGAGCUAGAUCGCCGGCACACUCGUUUGCACCUUCUCGCAUGUAUUACUUCUAGUGUGUCCCAUCUAAUUUAUUCCAACUGUGAG